CCAAGGGCGCUGGCCGCGGUGCUGGCAGCAGCGGCGGGGCCGCCACUGCUCCACGGCCGACCCUUUGACGUCCUUGACGGGGUCGGCCCUCACCAACGGCAUCUACACGGUCACGAAGAUCUCGCCGCUCUCGGGCUUGUGGGCGAUCCACCUCUUCGGAGGGGCGCCUGGUCCAGUCCACGACGACUACUUCUACCUAGGCGGCGAGAGUGACGGCACCUCCUUCACCAACACUGGGGCUACUUAUCUUGACGGUCCGACGUAUGAUGACAUGCAGGCCGUGGCUGGCCUUGAUUACUGCGUCUGGAAAGAUAUGGACCCUGCUAGGCAACAAGCACUCGUGCUCCAGCGGGAGCUCGCACGUGCCCUUCGCAGAUUCACGGGGCACUGGUUGGAGGACCCGCGCGUCCUGGACGACGAUACGGACGGGAGGCACUGGAGGCGGCACUGCGUGCCCUACGUUGCCAACUACCUGUCGCACCCGUUUCUGAGGCCGCUGGUCAUGGAGAAGGCCCAACAGGAUGGGCAUGACAACCCUCACAUCGCUGCAGUUGAUAUGGCUAUCGACAUCUGCAGGCGCGCAUUCCGUGCUCGGCGGCGAGCGCGUUUCCAUUACCAUGACUGGCUACGGAGCCUCGAGGCCCUCGACCCCGAUGAGUACGACAACCAGCUUGCCCUCCACGCCGAGGCGAUGAUCAGGGAGCAGGAGUUCUUUGAUACUCGAGUGGAUCCUCGCCGCCCCGUUGGAGAGGAGGCCAGGUCUGCCUCGUCCUACACGGGCUGCUCUGACACGGCGACCGUCAGCGACUACGAGGGCAGCGAUCCUGACGACUCAGGCUUGGACGACGUCGUCGACGGGGCCUUCGAGCUGGAGCAGCCCGACCCCAAGCCGGGCACGUCUUACUGCAGAGUGGGAAUGGAGCUGACAUCAGAUGCAGCUGCGACGGCCGCCGAGCCGUCAGCGUCGGUCCUGGAGGACCAGGUCGGCCGCAGGGUCUCGCAGAGACAUCGUGGCAAGGCCUGCAAGAUCAUGACGGUCAAUGUCACGGGCUGGGGCUCCCUCCUCACGCAACUGGAGGAGAAGCGCAUCCCCGAUGACGUGCAGGCGGUGCUCAUCCAGGAGCACCACCUGGAGGAGGCCAGGAUCGAGUCGGCGCUGAAGGCCGCCAGGGCCCAGGGGUGGAAGGCUGACCUCUACCCUGCUCGGCGCACGGGCAACGGCGACGGCACCACUGGCGGUAUCGGCCUCCUGGUCAGGCCGCACGUCGCCUUCAGACGCCUGCAGUUCGACCAUGACGGCAUCCAUGCGGCUGGCACGGCUCGUCAGGGUUUCUGGACCACCGACCUGGGGCCUAAGGAGGGGCUGGUGCUGGCGGGCCUCUACCUGCACACCAGCAAGGACCUGGAGGAUGUGAACCUCGACAUCCUCUUCCAGAUCGGCAGCGUAUUGCACGCCGCAGGCAGGCCAUACGUCCUGGGCGGCGAUUGGCAGAACCUGCCCGAGUCCCUCAACUGCCUCCGUUGGCCCAAGGCGGUGAAGGGCGAGGUGGUCGCGCCCGACCAGGCCACGUGCUACACGGCCACGAGCGCCAGGGUCAUCGACUACUUCCUCGUGCGGCACGACCUGCAUGGGUGCCGUGCUCGCACCUUCGACGGCCUCUCGGUCACGCCGCACAAGGGCGUCAUACUCGAGCUGGACGUGUCGCAGAUCCCGCUCAUGGUGCGCAAGGCCCACAUGGCCAAGGCCUUCCCUUCGAGCCAACUGGUAGGCCCCCAGCUUCCAGGACCUGACUGGCAGGCGGCAAGCGAGGCGGCUGCUGCAGCCCACGACCGCGACAGCCUGGACGGGGCCUUCAGCGCGUGGUUGCGGCGCUACGAGGACGAGCUGCUCCAGCACUUCGGCUGCGAGCAGCCUGAGCGGUACCGUGGCAGGUCCGACGGCGUUCGUCUGGUGCACUCGACCCUGCAGAUGCACUGCCGCAACCAAGCGAAAGGACGUGGAGCAGCUGACCCCAGCGAGGGCCAUUGGCAAUGGCUUGCCCAGAGGCUUCGUGAGUGGCGCUGGCGACGUGCCGCGGUGGGCCGCCACCCCAGCGCCGAAGGACAGCUACGCCUUCGUCGGCUGCAGCUGCGGCUUAUGCGGUUCACCUUGCCGCAGCCCACGCGCUGGCCCGACAUGUGGGAGGCAUGGCGGUCCCUCGUCCGACGACUCGAUCAGUUGGGCGAAGAAGACCUCGACCACCUGAUGCACGACCUGGAGAAGUGCGCCGAGCGCGCUGCUGGCCAGGCCUCCUACCGCAGGUACAAGGCAUGGGUGGACUGGUCCCAUGACGCCACCGCUGAUGGCGGCAUGCGGCGCGCCUUCAAGUGGAUCAAGCAG